AUGCUAUUACUUUCGUCUCCUCUUUUCAUAGCCUAUCUAUCUAUCUAUCUAUCUAUCUAUCUAUCUAUCUAUCUAUCUAUCUAUCUAUCUCAUCCUAUUCAUAUUUUAUCAUAUCUCCUUCAUUCAGUUUUCCCACUUCUUUCUAAUUGCGCCGUCUUUGCUUACGUACGUUUAUGUGUCUCUUUUUUUUAUCUUUUUAUUUUCUUUUUUCCCACUUUUUUUUUUAUCUUUUUAUUUUCUUUUUUCCGCUCGUCUUUUCGCGUUUGUGUCAAGGAGUUACAAAGUUGUUUUAAAGUUCUUCCUAAUUUUCUUACUUUUUCUUUUAUUUUCUUUGUCUUUGAUUACAAAGACAUAAAAAAAUGUCGUCUUACACUCCCAGACUCACGGAUGCACAUUGCUCUCGGUAUGGAUAGACAUGCUGCACGAAAUUACUUCACCAGCCCAACUGUUCUCUCGUUCGCUCACGCACUGUUCCUUUCUCUUUUUUUUUAUUUCUCUGUAUUCCUUUCUCUGACAUUUUGUAUCUCUCUUUCUAUUCUUCGUUUUCUUUCGCUCUUUCAAUUUCUUUUAUACAUUCAUUCUCUCUCUUUUUCUACCUCGAUUUAUUACGCUUUUUCUUCCUGA